AUGGCCGAAGUCGUUGCUACUCCUACCACAACUCAGCCCCGCUUCGUUCCCGGCGCGCCACCACCACCCCCGCUCUCCAAAUCGCAAAGGAAGCGACGGGCAAAAACCGGAGGCAAGUCAGAACAAGCUCCUGACUCUCCUGUCGUAAUCCCCGAUGCCGCAACCGCUGCCCUUGUUGAAAAAGCCCCCGAUGCCGUCGACGUAAAAGAAGGUUCGGUCGCACCAGAGUUAGUGGCGCAGCCGGAGACACAGGCAACCACACCUCUGCCGGAAGAGGAGGGUGUUCUCAAAAACAGCCCCAUUGUUGAACUUGUUACGAAAAGAUUGAAAGCGACGAACAAAAAAAUUCAACGAAUAUCAACGUAUGCGUCCACCGAUCCCGAGAAGCUAAACGAUGACCAGAAGCGAACGCUGAAAACGCUGCCCACCUUGGAAGCUGUUCAGAAAGAGCUGGUAGAAGUUAAAAAAGUCAUUGAGGUUUACGAGUCUGAACUUGCUCACGAGCUAGCUGCUAAACGGUUAGAGAUUGAAAAGGCUGAACGUGCAAGAAUCGCGGACGCUGUGACCGCCGCUGAGCGUUCUGGUGUUGCGAAGGCUUCGGAGCUUCUGACUUUCAUCCGACUGCGCUCAUUACUUGCAACAGGAGAGCCAGAGGGGCUUGGCAUGCAACCGAAUGAAAUCAGCGCAGUCAUUGCAGUGUGUGAUAUGCUUCUCGGCGAAGAAAGUGAUGUCAAGCAGACUGCUCUUGAUGGUAUCUUUUCCGGUGCUGGCAGUUACGAGGAUGUCCCUUAUUCACGGAUACAGGAAAUUACGCGACUCUACCUUAACCCACCCCGCGUCCCCACUCCUGAGCCCGUUGCUGAAGUCGAGUCUGAUGCUGAACCUUCCGUUGAAGCAGAGGCGGAGGAACAGCCAGAUCUUGCCGUAUCCAACGUCACCGUAACAGCCACGGUGAUAUCAACAUCCGGUAGCUUCCACUUCAUGCAGGCCAGCGAGCUCGAAGCGUCGACAUUUGAGGAGAAUGCUGAAUGGGUCGAGCGGUCAGACGCCGUUGAACCUCCUCAAGAUGUAGCACCAGGGCAGGAUGUUGCAAAGGAGACCCCCGCAGUUCCUGAAGUAAAUGGUCACGUUGAGUCAAAUGGAAAUGCACUUCCUCCGCCUGCGGAGGGCGAACCUAUCGACUGGGCUGCCGAUGACGAGGAUGGCCUCCCCUCUAUCGCUGGUCUGCACGCCAAAUUCGGAACAUCUGGAUCAGCCACCCCCGACGCUGCUGAGCAGACACAACCUGCGCCCGCCCCAAUAGCAACGGAAACACCUACCCCAGCUACCAAUGGUCAUGCCCACGACGCCCCUUCAACGCCUCAUGGAGAUGAGGACGACGGCUUCACGCAAGCUCGUGGCGGUCGUGGUUUCCGAGGGCGGGGUAGUGGAUUCCGUGGUGGUGAGCGUGGCGGUUACCGUGGUGGUGAACGAGGGAGUUUCAGGGGACACCGUGGAGGCGAUCGUGGAGGUUUCCGAGGGGGAUUCCGUGGUGGUGAACGUGGUGGCUUCCGUGGUGGUCGUGGUGAAUGGAGAGGUGACGGUGAGCACCGUGGACGCGGAAGGGGCCGGGGACGAGGCGGUCCUCACGGGAGCGUGCCUCCAACACCUACUCAGGCAUAA